CAAUAAACCACGUGGUGUCAUCCGAAAUGGCUGCGCCCUCGUGAAGAGCAGCACAUGAGUUUCGACUAAACGCACACUUUGUAAAAAUCUAUUUUUUCAGACAAUAAUUUGCCUGUUAUUCAACCGAGAGGAAAAUGAAGAUGUCCAAAAAAAAGUUUCAGCCCAAGAAGAAGGCACUCAGAAAUGGAGUGAAGCCCAAGAAGCGGGGUAUCCUUGUGAAGGGAAGUUGGAAGGCUGUAGAGCUGGACCACAGUCUCUUCUCCGAGCAGGACAUGGGCGGGCUGGUGUGCUUUGAGGAGCUGACAGACUAUCGCCUGGUUGAUUCUGCCAAGGUUACGACACAAGUGGAAAAUAAGAAGGAGAAGAAAGGCAAAAAAAGAAAAGCAAUGGAAGAGGCAGAAGUACAAGGAGAUGAAGAGGAGGCAGGUGAAGGAGGAAGUGGGAACAAAGAAGAGUCUGUACAGCCCCCAAAAAAGAAGAAAAAGAAGAAAAAAAAGAAAAAGGCUCAAAAGGAGGGCAAUCAGAGUGGUAUUUCCACUUCUGAAGUGAAAGGUGUUGAGGUGGAAAUGGAAGAGAUGGUUGAAGAAAAUAUUGAACCAGAAAAGGUUGUUGAACCAGAAAAGGUUGUGGAUCCAGAGGAAAAUUUUCAAAUGCCCCAAACUAAAGCACCAAAAACAAAGAAAAAGAAAGUAAAAAAAGUGAAGGAACCAGAGACAGAGACACUCAAACCAUCUACCAACAUUGAACCACCUGAAAAAGCUAUGAAACUCCCCAAAAAGAGGGCAAGAAAUUGGACUAAUGCUGCCCUUUCGGGGCAAUUGGGUUCAGGUGCAGAUGCAGAUGUAUCUGCAUGGAAGGAUCUCUUUGUCCCAGAGCCAGUUCUGCAGGCACUUAGCACUCUUGGAUUCAGUUCUCCGACACCUAUUCAAGCUCUGGCCCUACCACCAGCCAUUCGAGAUCGCUUGGAUAUACUUGGAGCAGCUGAAACUGGAAGUGGUAAGACUCUGUCAUUUGGAAUACCCAUGAUUCAUUCCAUCCUAGAGUGGAGAAGACCUCAGGAGAUGCAGGGUGAGGGGGUGCCAGAUAGCCUGCCUGUCCCAGAGACUGAUGUGAAGAGUCUGUAUUUGCCUGAUGUGGACCAGCCUAAUGAGGCCACUGAGAUAAGGUCUGGAGAUUCUGACCAGGAGGCGGAAGCAGAAGAGGCGGAAGCAGAAGAGGCGGAAGCAGAAGGGGCGGAAGCAGAAGGGGCGGAAGCAGAAGGGGCGGAAGCAGAAGCAGGAGACGAGGAAGCAGAAGAUGAAAAGCUAGAGGACCCAGAUGAAUCGCAAGAAGCAGAAGAGGAUAUGGAGCCAGAUGACAUCAACUCUCAAAAGCUACAGUGUGUUAAAGUCAUUGAGGAUGUGGACUUUGACUUUGACAUUCCUGGUGUGACAAAAGUGCCAGACAAUCAAAAGCAGCCAUUGCUGGGAUUGGUCCUCACCCCCACCAGGGAGUUGGCCGUCCAGGUGAAGCACCACAUUGAUGCCGUAGCACAGUUUACAGGUAUCAAAACUGCAAUCGUUGUGGGUGGAAUGGCUCCACAGAAGCAGAAUAGGUUGCUUAAUCGAAGGCCUGAAAUUGUAAUUGCAACGCCAGGCCGCCUCUGGGAGAUGAUCAAGGAGAGGCAUCCUCAUCUCCUGAACCUCAGGCGGCUCAGGUGCCUGGUGAUCGAUGAAGCCGAUCGCAUGGUGGAGAAGGGCCACUUUGCCGAGCUGGAGAACCUUCUGGAGAUGCUGAACAACGCUCAGUACAACCCCGAGAGGCAGACGUUCGUGUUCUCGGCCACUCUGACCAUGGUGCACAAAGCGCCGACCCGCAUCCUGCAAAAGAAGUCCAAGAAGCUGGACCAGCGCAGCAAGCUGGAGAUCCUCAUGGAGAAGGUGGGCAUCAGGGCCAAGCCUAAGGUCAUCGACCUGACCAGGAAGGAGACCACGGUGGAGACCCUGACUGAGACGCGAAUCCACUGUGACAAGGACGACAAGGACUUCUACCUGUACUACUUCCUGCUCCAGUACCCAGGCCGCACCAUGGUCUUUGCCAACAGCAUCGACUGUAUCAAGCGUCUCAGCUCCCUGCUCACCAUCCUGGACUGCACCCCUCUGCCUCUGCACGCCAACAUGCACCAGAAGCAGAGGCUCAAGAACCUGGAGAGGUUUGCCGAGAGGGACAGGUGCGUCCUCCUCACCACCGACGUGGCGGCUCGAGGCCUGGACAUUCCCAACGUGCAGCACGUCAUUCACUACCAGGUGCCCCGAACGUCAGAGACGUACGUCCAUCGUAGUGGCCGCACGGCACGUGCAGCCAAGGAGGGCCUCAGCUUACUGCUGAUAGGACCGGACGAUGUGGUGAACUUCAAGAAAAUAUACAGGACGCUCGAAAAGGAGGAAGAGCUGCCCAUGUUUCCCAUACAGACCAAGUGCAUGGCAGCCAUUAAGGAGCGCGUCAACAUGGCCAGGAAGAUAGAGAAGAUUGAGUACCACAACAGCAGGGAGAAGCAUCACAAUUCCUGGUUCAAGCAAGCGGCAGAAGCACUAGAGCUGGAACUGGAUGAUGACCUUCUCUUGGGUGGCAGGAAAACGGAAGAGGACGACAUGCAGCAGCAGAAGAUGGUGAAGGGCAUGAAGAGGCACCUGAAGCACCUGCUGUCUCAGCCCGUCUUUAAGAACUCGAUGAAGACAAAGUACCCCACGCAAAUGGGAAAGCUCUCCCUGCCCGAGCUGCCUCUGGCCACUGUCAGGACCGCCAUCGACAGUGUCAUCAGUCAGAAACAAAAGGCAAAGAAGAAGCCACAAAAGAAGCCACAGCAACCUGCACAAUGAUUUCACCCUCCAAACUGUUUAUUUUCACCUGAGGGGUAAUAACAGUGCAAAUGGAAAUGAAUUAAUUGAGGUUUAAUAUACAUGUGUAUAUAAUUACAUCUUUCACUUUUAAAAAAUAUAUUUGAAAGGUUUAUCAAAUAUGGCAUGGAAAACUAUCUGAAUAUACAAUGUGUAUUUUACAUAUGGCACAGCAGUAGGGCACAUUGAAAAUAUGUAUUUUAAAAAGACAGCAAAAUUCUAUAAAACCCUGGACACAUUU